CCCAUAAAUACAAAUUAAACAUGGACAAGUUUCUUACUUCACUGUGCUUCCUCUUCCUUUGCAUUUCUCUUUUCCCUUCUUUUUCUUCUCCGGCCAUACUAUUUCAGGGGUUCAACUGGGCAUCAAUUGAAAAAGCAGGAGGAUGGUACAACUUCCUCAAGACCUUGGUACCGGACAUAGCUGAUGCUGGAGUUGAGUAUGUUUGGCUUCCUCCUCCCUCUAACUCUCACGAUGAUGGUCCUCAAGGUUACUUGCCGAAGAGGCUAUACGACCUGGACACGUCAAAGUACGGGAACAAGGAGGAGCUGAAGUCGCUGAUAGCGGCAUUCCGCGCGAGAGGAGUGAAAUCCGUGUCCGACAUAGUCAUAAACCACCGAACAGCGGAGAGGCUCGACAACAGAGGACUUAGCGUCUUCGAAGGUGGCACCCCCGACACGCGCCUCGACUGGGACGUGUCCUACAUUUGCAGCACCGACGUUAGAUUCAACGGCACCGGGAACCCCGACACCGGCGACGACUGGUGGGGCGCCCCCGACGUCGACCACACCAAUCCCACGGUGCAGAAGGAGCUCUCAGAUUGGAUGAAUUGGCUCAAGACAGAAGUUGGCUUCUCUGGGUGGAGAUUCGACAUGGUUGUCGGGUACGCACCCAGGUUCACCAAAAUCUACAUGGACCAUACCUCACCCGAUUUUGCGGUUGGGGAAUUGUAUCAGAACGUGUCGAGGGGAGAAGAUGGGAGGCCCUUGGCGAACCAGGACGCGCACCGUGCAACGUUGGUGAAAUGGGUUGAUGAAGCGGGUGGUGCUGUUACUGCUUUUGAUUUCACCACCAAAAUGGUUCUAGGUGCUGCUGUUCAGGGUGAGUUGUGGAGGAUGAAAGACUCUAAUGGGAAGCCACCCGGGAUGAUCGGAACAAAGCCUUCCAAUGCUGUCACCUUCGUCGACAACCAUGACACUUGGUCUCAGAGAACGUGGCCUUUCCCUUCUGAUAAAGUUAUGUUGGGUUAUGUUUACAUCCUCACUCAUCCGGGACACCCCACAAUUUUCUACGAUCACUACAUCGAAUGGGGGCUAAAGGAGCCGAUAAAGACAGUGACCGAAAUAAGGAAGAGGAAUGGAAUUACGGCCACAAGCACCGUAAAUAUUCUGGCUGCUGAGGCUGAUCUCUACAUGGCCGAGAUUGACAACAAGAUCAUUGUCAAGAUUGGACCUAAACAAGAUCUUGGGAACCUUCUUCCACCAAAUGUUCAGGUCGCUACCAGUGGACAAGACUACGCUGUGUGGGAAAGAAAAUGAAGCAACAAUGAAGCCGUGCUUGAGAAAUAAUUUAAAUAAAUAGAAUCAUUAAGAAUAAGAUUAUUGGGAGUUUACCAUGGUAUAUUUAUAUUUAUAUUAAAUAAAAUUAUUUUGAUUACA